AUGAUCGAGGUGCGCGACACUGACCGUGCCGGGCGGGGCGUCUUCGCCGUGCGCCGCCUCAAGGCCGGCACGGAGGUGGUUCGCGCGUUGCCAGCAGCGGCGGCGGAGGACCUCGCCGGCGACGGCACCGACGUCUGUGUCGACGAGAUGGAGGAUGCGCGCUUCUUUCUGGGGGCGCACGCGCGGCUUGGCCUCGCCGAGUCUAGCGGCCUCGCAGAGACGAGCGAUCUACUCGGCCGCGCGUAUUGCAACUCGCUCACGCUCUACGCGCCCGCCGAGCCGGCGGGCGACGGCGGGCCAAAGAAGCGUCCGCUUGCGCUGCCACAUCAGGCGAUCCGCUGCGUGAGGGUGGACGACUAG